AUGGGCAAGGUGUUGAAGGAUGAAAGUACACUGGACGAGAAUGAAGUUAGUGAAGAUGAGUUUCUGGUCGUCAUGCUUCGUAAGCCGAGGGAGUUCGGGAGCAUGGAGGAUUUCUGGGUUUUCUACCUGGCCCAGCACUCGAAGCCGGCGACGCGCCGCUGGCACUUUGCCGGCACGGUCGCGUCGCUCGUCUGCGCACUCCUCGCGGCGGCCGCCACCGGCCGCGCCUCGCUCCUGGCAGCGUGCCCCGUGCUCGGGUACGGCAUGGCGUGGUACAGCCACAUCUUCGUGGAGGGCAACCGGCCGGCCACGUUCGGCCACCCCGUCUGGUCCUUGCUCUGCGAGUACCGCAUGUUUGCCCUCAUCCUCACCGGCCGCAUCGACGCCGAGCUCGCACGCCUCCGCAUCCGGCUCCCGAGCGACGCCACCGAGCACCAUGAGUGA